AUGGGGUCCAUGGAAGCAAACCCCUCCAUCCUGAAGAGGAACUUCUUCAUCUUCGGUCAUAACAUCUCCCACACCCUCUCUCCAACCCUUCAUAACACAGGAUUCCGAGAACUUGCCCUCCCACAUCAUUACGGUAUCCACCAGACAGAGAGCGUCGACGCCUCGGUAGAAUCCAUCAUCAACGCCAAUGACUUCGGCGGCGCAUCAGUCACCUUUCCGCACAAACUACAGAUUGGCAAGCUCUUGGAUGCAGUCACUCCCUGCGCCCAGAAGAUUGGGGCCGUGAAUACCGUCAUCGUCGAGGAGGACCCGGAGAAGCGGUAUAGGCGACUUGUGGGCGAUAAUACGGACUGGCAUGGGAUAAGGAGAUGUAUCGAGCGCAGCGGGAUAUCGGAUCUUCGGUCCUCGACUGCGUUGGUUCUGGGUGCUGGUGGGGCGGCUCGCGCGGCUUGCUAUGCGAUCCAGGAGUUGGGGAUUGCGCAGCUUCUCGUUGUGAACAGGACGAUAUCGAAGGCGGCCGAGAUGGUGAAACAGUUCCCAGCCCUUGAUUGCCAGGUCUUUGAGACCUUGGAAGAUUCCGUAUCUACCGAAAGGGAGCGAGAUGGCUUGGAUAGACUUCCUUUGAGAGUCAUUGUCGCCUGCGUUCCUGCGGAUGACUUUGACGAGGAGAAGAUACCUGCAGGGCUGUUUGGCGCUGAGAAGGGAGUUUUGGUUGAGAUGGCGUAUAGACCGCAGGUUACUGGUAUGAUGAAGACGGCAUCACGGUAUCCGGGCUGGACGAUAUUUAAGGGUGUUGAUGUACUGGAGGAACAGGCUUAUGCCCAAUUCGAGUUGUGGACUGGGAAAGAAGCACCAGUCGAGGCGAUGAAGGCUGCCAUGCAGGCUAAGAUCAAUGAGAGAUGA